CUGUCCGUUUCCGGGCUGCGGUGAUAGAGGCCCGUCCUCGUGUGUCGGAGCGUCGACUCGUUUUCUGCUUUUUCCUCCUGUUUUUUUUUUGCCGGUCCUUUGACGGUUAUGGCGGUCCGGGCGAGCUUCGAGAACAACAAUGAGAUCGGCUGCUUCGCGAAGCUCACCAACGCCUACUGCCUGGUGGCCAUUGGAGGCUCCGAGGGCUUCUACAGUGUGUUCGAAGGAGAGCUUUCUGACACUAUUCCUGUAAUUCAUGCUUCUAUUGCUGGAUGUCGAAUCAUUGGCAGAAUGUGUGUGGGUAACCGGCAUGGUUUACUAGUCCCAAACAAUACAACUGACCAGGAACUUCAGCAUAUGCGAAACUGCCUUCCUGACUCAGUGCGAAUCCAGAGGGUGGAAGAACGUCUUUCUGCAUUGGGCAAUGUCACUGCAUGCAAUGACUACGUAGCACUUGCCCACCCAGACAUUGACAGAGAGACAGAAGAGAUUUUAGCUGAUGUAUUAAAAGUCGAAGUAUUCAGACAGACAAUAGCAGACCAAGUACUUGUGGGAAGUUACUGCACAUUCAGCAACCAGGGAGGAUUGGUACACCCUAAGACAUCUAUAGAAGAUCAGGAUGAGCUUUCCUCAUUGUUGCAAGUUCCUCUUGUGGCUGGAACUGUUAAUCGUGGCAGUGAGGUGAUUGCAGCUGGAAUGGUUGUGAAUGACUGGUGUGCCUUCUGUGGUCUGGACACAACCAGCACAGAAUUAUCUGUUAUUGAGAGUGUCUUCAAACUUAAUGAAGCACAGCCAAGUACCAUUGCUACCACCAUGAGAGAUUCUUUGAUUGACAGCUUGACAUGAUGUGCUCCAGGAACACUGCAGGUGUGAAAUGCCAAAUUGUGAUCUUGACUGCUCACUAAAGCAAAUUCUUCCAGUCCAAGAAGAAGUUCUCUACCACAGUCAUAGUUUCAAAAUUAUGUUAUUCUAAAUUCCCUUCCCUUUGGCAAGCCAGACUUGAACAAGAAAAAAAAAACAAUAUGUCCCUUUGUUUUGUUAAUGCGUUCUUUUGCUUUCAUUAAUUCAUGAGGUAAUUUUGGAACUUAAUACAUACAUGCAAUCACAAUAAGGAAACGAAUUAUUUUUUUCCAGUAUUCACUAGAAUACUUCCUGAAGAAUGCUGGUUUUUUUCUGUUCAGAAGUGGCUGGCAUUUGUGUGGUUUCAGUCUGGAAGUUUUCAAGAUAACUUUCACUUAAGCCAGCAAGACCAGAUCAAUGUAGCAUGUUACUAUCAUGCAUCAUUCUGUAUCCAGAACAUAAUAUUUUAAGGGGCUGAAAGAAUCUAUGGAAUAUUUCAGCAAAGCCAAACAUUCAGUAAGUAAGAUUUCUAGGAAGUUACGUAAAUAGAAUCCGGCUUGUCCAUAUGUGAAGUCACUGAAAAGCCAAAGAGAACUCUCAUAUGUUCUUUAAUGAAAGUCUUUAUCAGGAAAAAUAUAUUUAAAUUGAAACGGUUUUUUCUGAUGCCUUCAUGCUUAUCUUUUAAUAUCAAAAUAUAUUGCUCCAAUCUUAAAGCCAAGGAUACAAUCUUUGUUGUUGCUAAAAAAAGAACUUGCAGUUAUAUAAUUUGGAAUUGGAGAACUUUUAUGAUAGCAACACAGUCAGGUUAAAGCUUUAAUAAACCUUAAUCCUUGAAAUAAUUGGUAUGGACACUGAGGUGGACUUGAAACAACAAGAGCUGUAUCAAAUUGAAGUCAUGUUAGACUGCAGUUUUUGCUUUAUCAAUCCUCUACCAAAUUAAUGUACCGUAGUUGGCUAUCUUGAACAUACACUAAAAUGAUAAAAACUCUCAUUGCUGUAUAUGUAUUCCUUAGCAGAAUUGCCUUGUAUCUUCCAUUUGAAGUGAUGAUACUUGUGCUGUAAGUGAUCAGACUGACUCUGAGUCACCUGUUCUCUGUGUAGCUUAUGCAUGACACACAUAGAUAAAAGAAUGGGGUAAACUGGGGGGUAAAUGAAAAAUAUUACAUACUUAGCCUUCAACUGCUGCCUAUUGCAUAGCCUCUUUCAACAAAAUUGACCUUUGCUCUCUUGACUGGUGUGUGGACUCCUGCAGUUUUCAUACUUUGACACUGCUGAGAGAAGCUAGGAAAGACUUAACUCACAGCCAAUAUAAUUGAAUAUAGACUUUUAGUAAUUUAAGAUUAUAGGAUGACAACAGAGAUAAAUUAAAUUACACUUUUGUAAUAAAAAAUUCCUUUGUAGGUAUCGCAAUUCUUUAACUAAAAUAUCAAGGAAAGCAAUUAGUUGCUAACUAUAUAUUGCACCCAAGGAAGGCUCUGACCAUGAUUAAAGGCUGCAACAUAAACCACAGUAUCUAACUACUGAAUCUAUUGAGUCCAGGGGCCAAUUCCCAAUUUAUGUACUGUUCUGGAAAACCUUGCAUAACUCUACAGGUUGCGUGUUCAUCUGGAUGCUAUACUAUUUUGUGUUCUGUGCAAAGUUCACAUUUGUAUGCAUUUAGAAAAUGUUCAGUAAAGCUGAGUGUAUGUAAAUCAGGUUGUACAUAAUCUGGGAAAUGUUUGUAUUUUUAAAUGGGAAUUUACAGGGCCAGACAUUGUUUCCAUCAUUUGGCUCUACUUGCGGAGUAUAAGUAGAAAAGCAGUAAACUGAAAUUCACAUCUUUGCUAUGGUAGUAAAGAAAAAUAAACAGCAAACUUGCAUUUUAGAAACUGACAGAUUUCCUGCACCAUUAAUAAUCAGCCUUCUAAUAGAUUUUAAAGAAUUUUAAUGAGGUGGUACAGAUAUUUGAUAUAGAAUGAAUUUGACAAAAUUGUAGCCCUUUGGAAAAUAAAUUCUUUCAAUAAAUAUAUUGGUCUUUGA